GACCUAAGCAGUCGCACCACACCCCUUUCCCAGCCUUCAGCCCGCCUCCAACUCGCCAGUUUUCCGGCGAGUUCACUCAACGAGUCCCAUGGUCCCCCCCUCAUCUUUUCCUUCUUCCACGUCAUCCCUUUCGUACCAAAUCUCAUCAUUUCAAUCCGAUUCACGCGGAUUUUUUCUUUUAUUUCUUUUGUUUAAACAAAAAAUCCGAGUCCUUGAAAUAAAUGUUGGAAAAUGGGAGCCGUUGGAUUAAAUUUUGAUCCAAGACUUUCAUUUUCUAAUUUUUGUUAAAAAUGGGAUUUUCGGAUCUUGUUGGGGGCCACACAUGAUUUCUUGCUGAAGAAGGAGAAGCUUCGAGCGAGAGUUAUAUAUUGGAGGAUUUUCGGACAAAAAUAGGGAGGAGAAAAAAAGAAAAAAAGGCGGAGAAAAGGUCUAGGGUUCUUUGAGUCCUGAGAUUUUUUUAGUGUUUGCUUUGCAUUCCAGAAAAAUGAAAACAAAAAGAAGUUUAAGUUUGAUUUUUAUUCUGAGUUUUGUUUCAUUUCGAAAAAUUAGAAACAUAUUAAAAAUCUUAAUUCAUUUUUUGGAUUUCGCUUCAAAUAUGGACCUUGAUUGAGGUUGGUUGAAGCUCGUCGGAGUUGAAGUUCAUUUGCCGUUCGGGUUCCUAUUCGAAGUUCUUGUUCUUGUUUGCGAUUCACUUCAGUUCCUCAUCGCUGAACUUUCUUGUCCUCGCUUUUGGAAUUAAUUGAAAUUCUGAAUAUCCAGGUAUGGACCCGCUGAUUCAAUCCAAAGUGCUUAUGGUAGUAAAGAUUCCUAGGAAGUUGAUCAAGUGGUGGAAAAUGUUUUCAUCGUUAGAGAAGCAUGAGUUAAUGUAGAAAUUGGGCACCCUAACUUCCCUUCUUGAUAUCACACCCCGCCCGGACUUAGUGGAGGCGAUGCUGACUUAUUGGGAUUCGCAAAAUUUGAUUUUCAGAUUUGGAGAGUGUGAGAUGACUCCUACCUUGGCGUAAAUGUCUGGCCUCACUCGUUUAAGCUAUAUAGGCAAGGACAUGAUACUUCCCCGAGACCACUCUAGGACAGGAUUACUCAGCGACCUGGGCCUGAAAGAUAAUAAGCAUUUAAAAUGUCUCGAGCAGUCCUGGAUAUCCUUGGAUUAUUUGUUUGCUAGAUUUGGACCACAAGAUAGUUUUGACGUCUUUUGGGAUGAGUUCUGCACAACCAAUGCAAAGUGGCAAAGACGUCGCCUCGAAGCUUUCAGCCUUGCUUUGUUGGGAUUAUUGGUUUUUCCAUUAGAUGAGAGGCACAUUAGCACCCAUCUGCAGUCAGUGGUAAUGACAUUAUUUCAUGAGAAGCAACGCAAAACCGUUACUGUUGUGCCGAUGAUCUUAGCAGAGUUGUACCGAGCCCUGAGUGAGGUUAGGGGAUGUGUCAGAUAUUUUGAGGGAUGUAACCUUUUGCUACAGCUGUGGAUGAUGGAGCAUUUGCACACCGCUUCCUUACUUUGUCCCAUCGACCAUGCCUUGAGGGAUCGGGUGGUAUGCAUCGAACGUAGGACGAAAUCUCCUAAGUUUACGUACCCAGUAGGCGUCACGGCUUGGAUUGAGUCCCUUGGUUUGAGGACAAAUGGGAAUGUUUUGUGGGCUUACCUUUGGCUACCUUUGGAUGAUAUCUUGGUAGGGUGCCUCAUGCAGCCUUUCCUGAUGCUGAUAGGACUCAAGUGUGUCAGGCCGUACACUCCCAUUAGGGUAAUGCGGCAAUUGGGCAGAAGACAAGAGGAGCCUCCAACUUUGAAUCUUCGGCGGCACAUCAUAAAUUUUAGCAAAAAGGCGGCUGAUGAAAUCAGGUAUGUGCAAUACUAGAACAAUGCAAAGAGGAUAAAGAAAAAUACAUUAGUAGAGGACGUUGGCAGGCCCGAGUGUACUCAGGAGUACUUGAUUUGGUUACAGUCCGUCCCGCCAGGGGUCAGUACCCCAUUGCCAGCACAACUUAGGGGUCGGGCAGUUCAGACAGAUGAUUUUGAGGAGGCAUCGGACCAAGAUCCUUGGGAUAAGCUUGAGUUGAUAAAGUCUCAGUUAGCGGGAUUGGCAGCAAACGUGGAGCAGCAUGGCCAGUAUUUGUUUAGGGUCGGCCUUCAGGAUGCGGGGGCACACGCUAGGGCCUUUAUUCUAAGCAUCAAUGUUUCUUUACGAGGAAUUUUACAGAGUUUGAGCAUGACAGACAACCCAGGAUCAUCCCAGCCAGGACCGUCGCAUUUAGGAGCAGCUUGAGGAGUCAUUCUAUUUAGGUGUUUUGAGAUUGUCGUAUGUUGUCUUUUACUUUUGUGUCUUGUCUAGAAGUACUGAGUCCUUUAGGUAGUGUCAAAGUCUGUCGUAGUGUAGUUGAGUCUGUCAGGUCUUUUAUUAUCGCACUUCCUGUUGCAUUUUAAUAUCGAAAAGUUUUUAAAUGAAAAAUCCCAAAAAGAUUUUGUUUUUAA